AUGGUCUAAAUAUGAGGACCCGAAUAAUCGCAACUUUCACCACAUUAGGGUUUUAGGCUGUUGGCAGUUGUCUCUACCUGGUUUGUACUAUCUGAAGCGAGCGCCUCCUAAUCACAUAGAAAUGGUGAAGGGACGCCAAGGAGAGCGAGUUAGGCUCUACGUCAGAGGAACAGUCCUCGGCUACAAGAGGUCCAAGUCGAACCAGUACCCGAACACUUCAUUGAUCCAGAUUGAGGGGGUGAACACCAAGGAGGAGGUUUCAUGGUAUGCAGGCAAGCGUAUGGCUUAUAUCUACAAGGCCAAGGUGAAGAAGAAUGGAACUCACUAUCGCUGCAUAUGGGGUAAGGUGGCUAGGCCUCAUGGUAACAGCGGCAUUGUUCGUGCUAAGUUCAAGUCGAAUCUCCCUCCAAAAUCCAUGGGAGCUAGAGUUAGGGUUUUCAUGUACCCCAGCAAUAUAUAAGCUCUUAGGUUUUGUAGAUGCUGGAUUGGGUUGGUGCUGAAUAGUUAUUCAGUUGCUUCUUUUUAUGAGCUAAGUAUAUGUCAUAUGUUUUGGAGCGGAAUCAUUAGAUUGGUGCGAGGAAUAUUUUGGGUCUCUACUUAUCAAAACAUUGUUUGUCUCUACUAAUUUCAUUGAGAAGUUUCCACCUGUUUGUUUCUUGAUUUGAGUAUAUGGGUGAUCGAGAUCUUAUAGAAUGGAUACUGGGCAAUGUUAGUUAAA